AUGGACAUGGACGACGACAACGAGCUGCAGCUCGACUGGUCCCACGACGACGACCUCCAGCAGCUCCCUCCCAACAACAACGACCACGUGGAUGCACCGCCGCAACCACCACCGCAAGACGAGGACGACGCGGUGUCGCUCGGCGACGACGCAGACCAGCAGCACCUGGACGAACAGGGCGAGUACGAGCCUCCGGCUGCUCAUUCUAGAUCUCACUCGCCAGUCGACGAUCACGAGGAGCGUGAUCCCUUGAUUUCCCCUCUUGCCGCCCCGCACGGUUUGCCCGCGCGUCCCACAGACGAAGUUAUCUCUGUCGCCCGGCGCAAGCAGGCCGAGCAGCGGCGAACUGUCCAAAACGUGGCUGAUCAGUCGCCGACUAGAGCUCUUGAUGAAGUAGCUAACAACGGCUCUCCCACUCGCGUUCAUCAAGAUAAUGGCUACAGCCGUCCGCCGCCUCAAGAUUCCCGCGGCGGUCGAGGCGGCAGAAAGCGCUCUGGUGCGUCCCGCGGAGGCGGGCGCGCUGUUGGCGAUAGAUAUACGCCAUCUGAUUCUCACGCUCAAACUCGCCGUCCUGCUCGUGAAGCGGGCGGUGGUGGCUCCACACGCCUGCAACAAUCUGACAGGCAUUAUCGUCCGUCGGACCUUGAUCAACGGCAACCUGGCCCUCCUGCUUCUUACGGCCAUCAUCCUCAAGACGUCCAGAUGACUGACGUUGUCCCGGCGAAUGUUGCCCCGCGCAUCUCGCCCCCCAAUUUGCAUUCGGAACGUCAACUGGAACGUCAAUCUUAUGAUCGUGCGCCUGCCGACAGAGGUUAUGGUCAUGAUUUGUAUGAGCCGGGCGCUCAUCUGCCACGCGGCCAGCCUCGAUUCAAUAGAGAAGACUCUGCACUUGCUCACGUGUCUGCGGCUACUACUCCUGUGAAUAUGCCGCCUAUGGGCUCUGGAUACCGCAACGACUACAGCAACAAUGGCCACGGCUCUGACGGAUACUUUGACAAUGCUCCUCCUCGUCACGCUGCUUCUGGAUAUCCGCAGCAAAUCAACGACCGACGGGGGGACCUUUACACGCCUGGCAUGGAUGCAGACUAUGAUAUGGAUGAUCAACCGCCCGCGUACCAGCACAGACAGCCACCUACAUCCCUGAGACCCCGCAGCGCGUCGCCGUACCGCGGCUCAUCGGCAUCAUACUCGCAUCGCGAACCCUCCCCGCUGCCUCCUCCGGCGUCUGUCCAUACCCGCGGUGGUCGCAAUGGACGCGGCGGCGCUCCUCAGGCUGGUCACUCUGGUCCAUCGCGUCCUGCUCCUCCUGUGCAACGCGAGAGUUUCGCUGGCCCUCCGCAACCGCGCGGCCGCACUACCUCGGACCAUUACGUUCCGUCGUCCUACCCCGACGAUCAGGGCGCGCCCAAACGUCGUCGACUCGACGAUCGCCAGACGUACCAGCAAGCGCCUAGGGAAUACGUGGAGCCUCCUCCGCCGUCUCCUCCCCCUCCACCGCGCCGGAACCCGCUACCUCCGCAAGACGAGAGGUUCCGCCAGGACAUCGCGCACGCACCUGCACCCGCGCCCGCACCCGCACCUGCUGUGAGGCAGCACUACGACAGCUACAGGCCGGACGAAAGGCGGACGCAUUCGGACGCAGAAGCAUAUUCCGGAUCCGGGUCGGACUAUGGGUCGGCGCAGCCUCGUCCUCAACGUCAAAACCGCGGGCGGUAUGACCCGCCUCCGCAGGUCGCGCCUCCUCAACAACGACAAAAGCCGGAGUACGCAUCACCGCUGCCUCCGCCGGCGCAGAGCCAGGCGCAACUCAGCACAAACGUCGGGUACGCGCCUCAGCAAGGCCACGGCCAAGAACGAGGACAGGGACGUCGGCGUCGGGCAUCGUACUCCGCUGUCGACGGACCCGGGUACUACGAUCACGGACAAGGACAAGGACCGACACAGGGACAUGGACGCCACCAGCCACCCCCGCAGACGCAGUCGCAGGAAUACGCUCCGAGAGACGGUAAUGGGCGGCGUGGGCAGCGCGGACAGACGAAUGGGCGCGCACCGUCGCCAGGGCCUGCGUACGCAGAUGAACCUUACGAGCAGCAGCAAGCCCCGCCGCCCCCUCAGCGCGGUCGCAAACGCGCUUUCGAGCCCGAACAGCGUUACGCACCCGGGUCUGGCACGGAUGGGAGCCAUCAGAGCACGCCACGUCUCGGUCCGCCGGAGCAGCGGCGUGCGGUGCAGAGCCAUCAGUAUGAUGAGGACGAACAGUAUGGGCCGUCGGAGCCUCCUCGGAGGGAUGCAAGGCAGAGGAUGCCUGAACUACCAGCCGAGCCGAGAGGCAGAUACUCUAACAAUCAAGGCCACCGAGAACGUCCGUCACCAGCAGAGCCGAUGGACUACGACCAACAGUACGAUUAUCGCGAGCGACGACCAUCGCCUGCCGUUCCACGCCGUGAACCUCAAUACGUUACGAACGGCAACGACAUCGGCAACGGGCCAUCUGAAGAAGACCUCGGCGCUCGCCCGCCUCGUCUCCGCCUGACUCGUUCGGGUCCGACCGAUUCACCCGCGGGUCCUCCGCCACCCACCUCCCGCGCCUCGCACUCGCCUGUGAUACAACGCCAGGCUCCAUCUCCGGCCGUGUAUGUUCAACCGGAGCCCGAGCCCGUGGUGGACCCGAACCCUGGCUGGGCGAGGUCUGGUCAUGGCGGCUGGAACAAGCAGAAGCAGCGCGAACAAGAGGCGCAGGCGCAGGCGCAGGCGCAGGCGCAGGCUCCCCGCGUCAACAACUCGUACGCCGACGUGCGCGACAUUGCGCCCGCCAUCACAGUUGUGCACGCACGCUCGGAGCCGCAGAGGGAGCCGCAACGUCCGGGACCUUUCGACCAGCCUCAGCCUCAACCCCAGACGCAGACGCAGAAGCGUGGGAGGGAGAGAGGUGGAGGAGGGAGAGGACUGAGAGAGGACGGCGGGUACGCGCAUAGGGACGUCAGGCCGCCUCAGCAGCAGCAAGUCGAACGCGGCGUACCGUUCGAGACCGGGAAUCGCGGCGGACGGAAGCGCGCUGGUCCUUCUUCGCAUGCCAAUGCGAACGCCAACGCCAACUCGUACAGACCGGAUCAGAACGAGCAGUUUGUCGAUCCUGGCGAGCCGUUCAAGACGCGUCCUGAAGAUCGGAGUCGGAAUGGACAUGGGCAGGGACAGGGACAUGGGCAGGGGCACGGUCGUGGGGCGUCGUACAGCGAUCGUGGAGCACCGUUCAAUCAUCCGCCACCGCAGUCAAGGCAAGACGAGCGCCCGGCGCAGUACACUGGUGGACCCAUGCGGGCGAACGAGCCUGAGCGUGCUCCAGCGCCUGCGGGAAGCUUGAGGGAUAGGAUUGGCAUGCCGUCGUUGCAAGAGAGGAUCGAGAACCCACCAGCGCCUCCGCCUCCGCCCAUUCAAGCUGUACCGCCUAAGCGCGACGACUAUCCUGAAGAAAGACGUGGUGGUGGUGGACAUGAAGGAGGGCGAGGAGGAAGAGGUGGUGGAAGGGGGGGACGAGGAAGAGGAAGAGGUCGCGGAAGAGGGCGACCACGCGAUGCGGGGUACAACGGCUCUGGCGGCGGCGGUGGUGGAGGAGGAGGAGAGUAUGGAGGAGGACAGCAGUGGGACGAUAGGCGGCACUGA